AUGCCCGCGUGCGAGAAAGCUUUCAAACACUUCAAGGAAAUCCUAGCAACACCCCCUGUGCUCGGAAAGCCAAAGGCCGGAGAGCCGUUAUAUCUGUACCUCGCUAUAGCAGGAGAAGCCCUGCCCACGGUCUUGAUACGAGAAGAAGGAAGGGCUCAGCAGCCAGUCUAUUUCGUGAGCAGAGCCCUACAAGGGGCGGAACUAAGGUACAGCAAACUGGAAAAGCUAGCUCUGGCACUCUUAACCACUUCGAGGAGGUUAAAACAAUACUUCCAAGGUCACCAGAUUGUCGUAAGGACGGACCAAGGAAUCCGACAAGUACUCCAAAAACCCAAUUUGGCGGGAAGAAUGAUGACUUGGUCCAUCGAACUCUCCCAAUAUGACAUACGGUACGAGCCCCGACAAGCGAUCAAGGCGCAAGCGAUGGCAGAUUUCCUGGUAGAAGUAACGGGAGAGCCAACCGAAGAAACGGGCACACGGUGGAGGCUCCACGUGGACGGGGCCUCCAAUCAGAUGUCCGGGGGCACCAGGAUCAUCCUAGAAAGCCCAGCCGGGGUCGUAUACGAGCAGUCGAUCAAGUUUGAAUUUCCCGUCUCGAACAACCAAGCGGAAUACGAAGCCCUCAUAGGGGGCCUAGCCCUAGCAACGGAAGUCGUAGCGACAAGGUUGGAAAUAUGCAGCGACUCACAAGUCGUCACCUCCCAAGUAAACGAGAGCUACCAAGCCAGAGACUCGCUACUACAAAAGUACUUGGAGAAAGUCAAGGAUUUGAGCCGGAAGUUUGAGGAGGUCACGAUCCACCACGUUCCAAGAGAAAGGAACACACGGGCAGACCUCCUAUCAAAAUUGGCUAGCACAAAACCGGGAGAAGGCAACCGAUCUCUCAUCCAAGGAAUGAUGAAGGAGCCGGCAGUCACUCUGCACCUCUCAAAACUAAGCCCCUCAUGGUUAGACCCAAUCACCAGCUUCUUAGAAAACGGCAAACUUCCCGACGACGAAAAAUGUGCUAAGAAAUUGAGAAGGGAAGCAGCCAGAAAGUGCGUCAAGUGUCAAGAAAAUGCCAAUUUCCACAAAGCACCGGCUUCCGAGCUAAGCUUAAUAACGUCCUCCCGGCCAUUCUCACAAUGGGGAGUCGACCUCUUGGAGCCUUUCCCGGUUGGUCAAGGACAAGUCAAGUACCUUAUAAUCGCCAUUGACUACUACACCAAAUGGAUAGAGGCCGAGCCGCUGGCCAGCAUAUCCUCAUCCAAUUGCAGGAAGUUCAUGUGGAGGCAAGUGAUAACGCGGUUCGGUAUCCCGGAAGUCGUUAUCUCGGACAAUGGAACACAGUUCACCGGCAAGAAGUUCACGGAGUUCCUCACGGGCCUGGGUAUAAGACAGAGGUUCUCCUCGGUGGAACACCCCCAAACGAACGGACAAGUUGAGUCCGCAAACAAGAUCAUCCUGUUAGGGCUUAAGAAGCGGCUGGAUAAUAAAAAAGAUGCGGUAAUACCUGUGAAAAUCGGGGAACCAAGCCCACGACUACAUUUGAAGGGAGUAGGGGAAGCCGUGGAGAAGGACCUGAUAGAUGAAGCCAGAGAAAUGGCCCACUUGACGGAAACGGCGCUGAAGCAAAGAAUGGCCUUGCGCUACAACACCAAAGUGCUCAAAAGAGAGUUUGAACCAAACGACCUCGUCCUAAGGCGUAACGACAUCGGCUUACCGACCCCGGGAGAGGGCAAGCUGGCGGCAAACUGGGAAGGUCCCUACAAAGUUAAAGAAGUGAUGGGCAAAGGCGCUUUCAAGUUGGAAAGGCUCGAUGGCAAAGAAGUCCCAAGAACGUGGAAUGCGAGCAACUUGAGAAGAUUUUACUCCUAG